AAGUCUCCAAAAGAAUAAUCCCUAUGGCGGUGAUGAAGAAUGUGGAGAACGAUGUCAGGCCAGGAGAGUCAAAGCAGUAUCGUUUCAAGCUCUUUACUCUUGACCGUGUCUUCAUCUUUGCUGCUGAGGAUUUAGAUGACUUGACAUAUUGGAGCAGUACAUUAUUACAGGCCAUUAUAAAAUACAAGGAUGUGGAGUGUAACAUGUUAAUACCAGGUGGAGACAUGGCGGGACCUGACAAGGAAGGAUUCCUGAAGAUGGACGGAACCAAGGGCAAAUGUUACAUUGCCAUCAAAGGAGACAAGCUCUGCUAUUAUAACAAUUAUGAUGAUUUUAAAGUGGCAUCUCCGAUUCAUGAAAUAGAAAUGCAGCUUGCUUCUGUCAAAGAUGCUGGCAAAAACAAAAUACAGCUCAUUACAAACUAUCAUUCUUUUCUGUUUACCUGUGACAGCGUUCAGGACUUCCAACAAUGGCGGGAGGCUAUGGAAGAAGCCAUCGCUGAAGGCCUGUCAGACGAUACGGUUUUAAAGCAAGUCUAUGAGAACAGAAGUAACAAGCAGUGUGCAGACUGUAGUGCCCCCGAGCCACACUGGGCGUCCAUUAAUCUGGGGAUAACACUGUGCAAGAGCUGCUCAGGAGUGCACAGACACCUGGGCACUUCCGUCUCCAAGGUGCGGUCUCUACGGAUGGAUCACAAGGUGUGGUCCACCUCACUGGUCAAGAUGUUCCAGGCAAUAGGAAAUGAUAAUUCCAAUGAUUUCUGGGAGUGGAAGUUACCACUGGAAGAUAAACUGGAGCCAGAUGUAGAUACGCAAACAAGACAGACCUUCAUCAUGAGCAAAUAUCAGAGUAAAAUGUACUGCAAGGACCAUGCACUGCAGGGGAAACAAGAAUCCUUGAAUGAGUCCCUGUGUCGGUCAGUUCAGAGAGAUGAUAUCAUGGAGACUGUGUCCCUGCUCUUCCACGGGGCUGAGACAACCCAUGAGUCAAGCUGUAUAUAUUUUGGGACUCCUAGCCUUACACCUGUACAACUUGCCAAGCUGGCAAAGCAGACAGUGCAGUUGGAGUUUUUAUAUCAAAAUGGUGCAGAUGGUAUGAAUGGCAGUGGCAGUGGGAGUUUUUCAGGUGCUAGUGUAUCUCGAAGAAACAUUUCUUUUAAAGGUUAUUUAUAUAAAACUGGGAGCAAUCAGAAAGAAUUCCUCAAGAGGUGGUGUGUGCUGGAGAACGGAACUCUCAGCUACUUUGCCGACCAGAAGGCCAUUGUAGCCAAAGAUACCAUAGAAGUUAAGGACAUCAUGUCUGUUAACAGAACCACUAAUGAAAAAUAUGAGCAUUCCUUUGAGGUGUGUACCACCAAGUCUGGUGGCAGAGUUUAUCUGUUUGCCACGGACUCUGAAGAAGAAAUAUCAGAGUGGAUUACUAACAUAGCAAAAAGUUGCGUGCCAUAUACUGCCAUAGACGAAGUUCAGCCUUUCUACGCUGCUGGUUGGAUGUUUAUCAGAGAGGGUGCCACAGGAGACUGGAGGAAGACGUGGAUCCAGCUUAAGGAGAGACAGCUGGCCUUAUUUGUAGAGCAUGAGAUGGAGUCCAGUUAUGUAGACUUGAGGAAAGCUGUGGGAUUAAAGGAGCAGGAGGGAACUUGCAAUGAAUCAUAUGAAAAUGGAAUGAUGUUCGUAGUUGACUGGCCAGGGAGAGCCCUCUAUUUCCAAGCAGACAUGAAGAAGGAUACAGAAAGCUGGUGGAAGAUUAUACACUCUGCAGCCACUGAGAGUGGCCCCAAACUGGAUGAGCAACAGUUGACCCAAGAGGACAUCCCAGUGAUUGUGGACAAGUGUAUCAAAUUCAUCUCAGCUCAUGGCACAACUACAGAGGGUAUAUACAGGUUGAAUGGCACGCAUUCCAAGGUGGCACAUCUAUUAGAGGCGUUCAGAGAAGAUGCUAGAUCAGUCCACCUGAAGGCAGAUGACUACAGCGUACAUGACGUGGCCAAUGCACUGAAGAGGUAUUUCCGCACUCUGACAGCACCGUUGUUGACGCGGGACCUUUAUCCAAAGUUUGUGGAGACUGCAGCUUACCAAGACCAUAACAGCAAGUUACAGUGGUACAAAUAUCACCUGGGACAGCUUCCCAAGGUGAACUUCAACACUCUGAAGAAGCUGCUGUUACACCUACAAAUUAUUGCCAAGAACAAUGCUGAGAACAAGAUGACAGAUGUCAACCUAGGGUCCAUCUUUGGUCCCGCGCUGAUGACUCUGGACAGUGACCACACAGGACAGAAAUAUAACACCACCCAGCAAGAGAUAGCCACGCUGGUGGACAUGAUUAGAUAUUAUGACUGGCUGUUUGAUGUAGAUAAAGCAACCAAAGAAAAAGAAGAGAAAAUAGAAGAAGCCUUGGAGAAGAUGAAGAAAGCCCAAGCUCCUCAGGCCCAGGCAGGUGACUUCAUGAUCCCUAUCUACAUUGGUGACAAGUCAGGCACUUGUCACAUGGUCAAGGUACCUGCAAGUAUGACUGUAGAAGAACUGUUGUCAGAGAUCAUGAUAGUGGCCAAGCUGCGACCAGGAAACUGGGGAAUCUUUGAGGUUAUCUGUGAUGGUCAGCUAGAACGCCCCCUCCACUUCAGUGAGAAGCCCCUGCCAGUAACGUUCCGGUGGAGUCACUGGGGAGAAGAGGACGGGAGAAACAGUUAUCUCUGUGUUAAACCUAAUGUGAUCUAUGAACAGCUAGAACAGGUGUUCAACCCUCACAUAUCAUCAUUUAGUGAACUCCGCUUCAGUGACAAGAAAAGGUUUAACAAGUUUUUCUUCGAGUUCAGCCAAUCCAAUCUCAGUUACUACAAGGACUCUAAGGCUGAGGACAGUGAUGACACAGUAACUGAAUGGCAUGUAGAGGAGGUAGGGGGUGAUAAGUAACCCUGCCAGCCCCACUUCUACCUCACCAGCA